AUGUACCAGGCCCACACUCUUGGCAAUGCAAGUGCACGUGCCCUAAUCCAUUCAAUGUGGUACACUUGUACUACAUUUUUUGGUAUGAGGACUGGGGCAGAAAUAAGAAACAUGAGAUGGGGUGACGUUCACCUGGCUUUAGACCCUGGAACUGGGCGCGAGUUCAUUGAACUAAAAACUGAGCGCCAAACCAAAACAAGGACGGGUGAAAAUGCUCGAAAUGUUAGACAAAAUCAGCCUCGUGCGUACGCCACUGAGGGUGAGCCCAGCCGAGAUCCUGUUCAUUUAUUCAAAGUGUAUAGGGACCGGCGCCCAGAUGAAUCUCUUGAUCCUGAAAGCCUAUUUCUUUUGAGUAUUUGUACGGGCCAGCAGAAAGGCUGGUUCCGGAACUGUGCCAUGGGAAUCAACUCUAUCUACAGCAUAAUGAACAAUAUGAAGGCAGAUGCCGGCAUAGAGGACCAACGCAUCACGCCGUGCAGCAAGAAACUGCACUAA